AUAAUUAACAGACAGUGGGACGCGCAUUGUCAGAUACGGACGCAAGAGGCGGAGUCGGCGACGGAGGGGGAGCGUUCAUUCCUUCCCAUUUCCAUUUUCCAUUUCAUUUCCCACACUGACCGCCCAAGACUCUUCUCCGGAAAUCCACCAGAAACAAAAAAAAUUUUGAAGAAGGGUGACCACACAAUCUCCAUCUCUCUCUCUCUCUCUCUCUCUCUCUCUCUCUCUCUCUCUGUAAUUUUGGUCUGCCUUCCUUCUGUUGGAUUGGAGAGAAGAAGAUAUCAAGAAGACAGGAGGAGAGGGGAUAUGCAGAGGUCCCAGGAUCACCGGUCAAGAUCUUCCAAACCCACCACCAUCCAUGGCUGCGCUCAGUCCGCCGAUCUUCUCUCCUUCCAGAAGUUGCUCCGGGGCAACCCUUCUCUUCUCAAUGAGCGAAACCCUGUUAUGGCACAGACACCGCUUCAUGUUUCUGCUGGUUACAACAGUGUGGAGAUAGUUAAGUUCUUGCUUGGUUGGCAAGGACUGGAAAGGGUGGAAUUGGAAGCCAAAAAUAUGUAUGGAGAAACUCCAUUGCACAUGGCAGCUAAAAAUGGGUGCAAUGAAGCCGCACAACUGCUUCUUGCUCAUGGUGCUUUUAUUGAGGCCAAAGCAAAUAAUGGAAUGACACCUUUGCACCUUGCUGUUUGGUAUUCACUCCGAGCAGAAGACUGCUCUACUGUCAAGACAUUGCUCGAGUGUAAUGCUGACUGCUGUGCUAAAGACAAUGAAGGCAUGACCCCUUUAAAUCAUCUAUCACAAGGUCCAGGAAGUCAGAAGUUGAGGGAACUACUUCACUGGCAUCUUGAAGAGCAGAGAAAACGCAAAGCCAUUGAAGCAUGCAGUGAGACAAAAGCUAAGAUGGAUGAUCUUGAAGCCGCAAUAUCAAAUAUCGUAGGUUUGCAUGAGCUCAAGUUACAACUGAGGAAAUGGGCAAAGGGGAUGCUUUUGGAUGAGAGGCGUCGGGCCCUUGGGCUAGCAGUUGGUGCUCGAAGACCCCCUCAUAUGGCAUUCCUUGGCAACCCUGGAACAGGUAAAACUAUGGUUGCAAGAGUUCUAGGUAGAUUACUCAACAUGGUUGGAAUUCUACCGACUGACAAGGUGACAGAAGUGCAGAGAACUGAUUUGGUUGGGGAAUUUGUUGGUCAUACUGGACCAAAGACUAGGAGAAAGAUCAAAGAAGCUGAGGGAGGAAUUCUUUUUGUGGAUGAAGCCUAUAGGCUGAUACCCAUGCAGAAGGCAGAUGAUAAGGACUACGGACUGGAAGCCUUAGAGGAAAUUAUGUCUGUCAUGGACAGCGGGAAAAUUGUUGUCAUAUUUGCUGGUUACAGUGAACCCAUGAAGCGCGUCAUCUCUUCCAAUGAGGGCUUUUGCAGAAGAGUGACUAAGUUUUUCUAUUUUAAUGACUUCAGUUCUGAAGAACUGGCCAAGAUUAUGCAUCUCAAAAUGAAGAAUCAAGUGGAGGAUAGUUUGCUGUAUGGAUUUAGGUUGCAUACUUCUUGCACUGUGGAUGCCAUUGCUGCACUGAUAGAGAGAGAAACAACUGAAAAACAGCGCAAGGAGAUGAAUGGAGGUUUAGUUGAUCCAAUGCUAGUUAAUGCUAGAGAAAAUUUGGACCUCAGGCUCAAAUUUGACUGUAUAGACACUGAUGAACUACUUACAAUCACGUUAGAGGAUUUAGAAGUGGGCAUUCGAUUGUUAUCCCAUUGAAACGUACAAGAAUUUUGAAGCUUAUAGUCAUUCUUUUUGGCUUGAAGCCUUAUAACAAUUCUUAUUAUUGAAUUAGAAGGUUUGCCCCUAUAAUAUGCCUUUAUUUCGCGGUGUUACCUGACAAAGACAACUUGGCGAAUAACAGAGCUUGAAGCUGUGUGAAGUGGGUGAACUGAACUGCCUAUGGGUGUAUUCUGGGAAAAUUUUUCAUACUUUUUGUAAUUUGAUAAGUUUCUGUUCUACAUUGUUGUGUUUAGAUUUUUAUUUUUUAUUUUUUUGAUUCAAACUAAUUGUUGAUUAUUUGUUGUAUGUUAGGAAUAAAUGUUAUUUCCUUUCUAUAGUUGAUUUUUGAACCAAGGUUUCAUUUUUCCCUCCAGUGUAACUUGGAGCAAAAUAAUAAAUAAACUAUGUCAAGCAUAUGCUUGCUUUUUGUUGAA